AUGCAGAUUGCCCGGUCACUGCUCUCUGCAGCCCGGAGUCCACAAGAGCAAAAGAAGCCACCGUCUCCAUCACCAUCGCCACCACCCUCAUCGCCCACAGAUGCGCCAAGUGGCGCCAUCAUCUUCUCCGGCAUCCAGCCGACCGGCGUGCCGCACCUGGGCAAUUACCUUGGUGCACUGCUGCGCUGGGUCCAGCUGCAGGAGGGUGCCGCCGGCGACACGAGCACGCAGCUAUACUACUCAGUCGUGGAUCUGCAUGCGCUGACGUCCGUACAGACGGCCAGCGACAACAGCGGCGCAGUCCUGCGCCAGCGGCGUCGCGAGACGUUGGCCGCGUUGUUGGCCAUCGGCCUGGACCCAGACCGGUGCGUGCUCUUCUACCAGUCGGCUGCAUCGGCACACUCGGAGCUCAUGUGGCUCCUGAGCUGCACAGCGUCGGUCGGGUACCUGUCACGCAUGACGCAGUGGAAGAGCAAACUGCACCUCAAAGACGACGCGUCGUUUGCCGACGACAAGGCUCGCGCGGCCCUCAAGCUCGGCCUCUUUUCGUACCCCGUGCUCAUGGCCGCCGACGUGCUCGUCCACCGCGCCACGCACGUCCCCGUCGGCGAAGACCAGUGCCAGCACCUCGAGUUUGCCCGCGAAUGCGCCUCGGCCUUCAACCACGUCCACGGCCAACCGCUGCUCGUGCCGCCUGCGACGCUGCUCUCGCCCGCGCGCCGCAUCAUGUCGCUGCAGCAGCCGGCGCAAAAGAUGUCCAAGUCGAGCACGGACGCGCGCUCGCGCAUCCUGCUCACCGACGACGCCAAGACGAUCCAUGACAAGAUCAUGGGUGCCCGGACCGACUCGACGAAUGCCGUGUCCUAUGACCGCGAAAACCGGCCGGCUGUGUCCAAUCUGCUGGAACUCCUGGCCCUGAUGGAAGGCGACGACAACAGUCCCUACAGCGCGGCCACGACGUCCAACGCCAGCGUGGAGGCCACCGCACAGGCUCUCGCCACGGAGAUGGACGGCAAGUCACUGGGCCAGCUCAAGAGACGCGUGGCCGAAGCUGCUGUGCAGCGCCUAUCCGGUAUUCGUGAACGGUUCACUGACGUGCUGGAGCGUGAUGGUGGCGCAUAUCUCGACCGUGUCGCCGAGCAUGGUGCCAAGAAAGCAAAGGAAAACAGUGAAGAGACUAUGGAUGCCGUGAGAACGGCAAUUGGCCUGUAA